UUUAAAGCUUGUGGGUAUUUCUUCCCCCUCGGGGAAAGCUUAUGUGAGGAUUUUCUUUUUUAACAGUUUAUUCCGUGAAACUUUUUUUUUAUUUUUUUCUUGUUUGCUGUUAGAAAAUGUUGGAGCUGAACACAAGGCUUUCUGUGCAGCACACUUUACUGGGAAGCAUAUUACUCCUGAGCACAUUCUGUCUGCAGGAAGAUAGUUAUUUGCUAUUUUGUAUUUCUCCUUAGAUUGCUAUCAAGGGAAUUAAGAAAGGAUGUAGACAUAUUGUUAAUGUCUGUCUUGGAGCUGUAUUUGAGGAGGCCAGCUUUUAUAGUACAUCCAUAGGAAACGUCUCCACUACAGCCUUUCACCACACAGGAGACAGACUGAAGAUGUAGGCAGCUGGCAAAUGUGAAAGCAAUGAAGAGGUGUUUUGAGGCUGACAGUGCUUUUUAUAGUAUCCGCGUUUUCUGGGAAGGGCAUAAGAAGGGAGAUAAACAGGAGAUGAUUGUGGCAAGCUGAGAAGUAACUGUAGCAGACCAAGAUGUUCCAAAGAGAUCACUGCAAAAAGGUCCUCAGGUUCCAUCAGCCACCAGCUGAUCACAUUGCAGCAGUGUAGAUGUUGCCACGAGGGUCAGGAGGUGCCUUGCAUGCUUUACAGCUUGUCUUUUGGUCCUGCUGGGUGAACACCAGAGAGAGCCCAAUAUAGAGGCAGCCCACCUGUUUUAAGAGAGCUGACAAGCCAGUUCCUGCACAUACAUGCAUCUGUGUAAGAGUACUCCAAGUCCAGAGGCCUCUGUGGCACUGCAUGGAUGUAAGAACUGUUGCAUGUGUGGGGUUAGACCCUGCUUUUUGAGAUAUGAUGCUCCGAAGAGGAUUUAUUCUAUUUCUACCCCGACUUGUAGGCCUGCUAGUGGUGGCCUGUUGCUUGGUGUCUAUUUUUUAUAUGUUGGCUUGCACACCCAAGGGUGACAACCAGCAGCUUGCCUUGCCCAGGGUGCACAGUCCGACUGCAAAGGAGGGAUAUGAAGCCAUUCUGCAAGAACGAGAAGAGCAACACCGCAACUACAUCAUCAGCUUGAAGAAACAAAUUGCCCAGCUGAAGGCUGAGCUCCAGGGCAGGAGCGAACAGCUUAAGAAUGUGCAGGACCAGUACUCAGACCCCUCAGACGCUCGGCUUGACCACAGUAACCCAGAGAAGGCCCAGGCUAACCUACUGGCAUUCCUCCAUUCCCAAGUAGACAAAGCAGAGGUGCACAGCGGCAUUAAGCUGGCCACAGAGUAUGCAGCAGUGCCCUUUGAGAGCUUUACCCUGCAGAAGGUGUACCAGCUGGAGACAGGGCUGACACGCCACCCAGAAGAGAAACCUGUAAGGAAGGAUAAGCGAGAUGAGUUGAUAGAGGUGAUCGAGUUAGCUGUGGGGAGUUUGAACAAUCCAGAGAAGGACAGCAAUGCAAAACACCGGAUAUAUACAGCCUCUGACUUCAUUGAAGGGAUCUACCGCACAGAAAAAGACAAAGGCACAUUGUAUGAGCUGACUUUCAAAGGAGACACAAAGCAUCAGUUCAAGAAGAUUGUUUUAUUUCGGCCAUUUGGUCCUGUAAUGAAAGUGAAAAAUGAAAAUAUCAAUACAGCUGACACCCUUAUUAAUGUCAUUGUGCCACUGGCUAAGAGAGCCAGCAAAUUCCGGCAAUUCAUGCAGAAUUUCAGGGAAAUGGGCAUUCAGCAGGAUGGGAGAAUUCACCUCACUGUAGUUUACUUUGGAAAAGAACAAAUGAAUGAAGUCAAAUCAAUACUUGAAAAUACCUCCAAGUCAGCCAACUUCAAGAACUUCACCUUCAUCCAGCUGAAUGAAGAAUUUUCCAGGGGUAAAGGAUUAGACAUCGGUGCCCGAUUUUGGAAAGGAAACAAUGUUGUUCUCUUCUUUUGUGAUGUGGACAUAUACUUCACAGCUGAAUUCCUGAAUUCCUGUAGACUGAACACACAGCCAGGGAAAAAGGUGUUUUAUCCUGUUCUCUUCAGCCAGUAUAACCCCAGUAUAAUUUAUGGCCACCAUGAUUCCAUCCCAUCUUUAGAACAGCAGCUGAUUAUUAAAAAAGAAACUGGAUUUUGGAGAGACUUUGGUUUUGGGAUGACUUGCCAGUACAGAUCUGAUUUUAUCAACAUAGGUGGCUUUGAUCUGGACAUUAAAGGCUGGGGUGGUGAAGAUGUACAUCUGUACCGCAAAUACCUUCACAGCAACCUCAUUGUGAUCCGAACGCCUGUCAGGGGUCUCUUCCAUCUGUGGCAUGAAAAGCAAUGUCUGGACGAGCUGACGCCAGAGCAGUACAAAAUGUGCAUGCAGUCCAAGGCCAUGAAUGAGGCUUCUCAUGGACAGCUCGGGAUGCUUGUUUUCAAGCAAGAGAUUGAGGCACACCUGCACAAACAGAAACUGAGCAGUAAGAAGACGUGAAGCUAGAAAGGGAGGCAAAAAGCCUCUGAAUUGGGCUAUAUGGUGUUUUGGAAAAGACUUGUUAACAAGACAGGAUGAGACUGAAAAAAAGAUGGAGAUUACAGCAGGAUGACAGCAAAACAUGAGGGAAAGUGCUUGUUCUCCCUUCUGUUUGUGGUUGUGUUUUUUUUCUUAAUAGGGCUUUUAAGUACUCCAUUAGCCUGACUGUUCAGCACCUGCUUCUGGAGGAGAUUUGAACACUCGAUGAGAUUCAAGGUCACUGAGACCAUGGACAUAACAUAAAUGCCAAUGUGGUAUUCACAAUAACAAAUGGAUAUGCUCUUCCAAUGAAAUGUUUGUAAGAUGUGUACAGUUAGAUAAAGGAUUGACCCUUUGGUGGGCCAAUGAAAAUGAGUUAUUUUCUACAUCUAACCUGACAUAUUUUAAAAGGGCUAUUUUUUAAUAAGUACAGAGCUCCUGCUCUGAGAAGGACAUCUGAGUGCUAAUGAUGGUUAUGCUGAAGUGACCAAAAAUCUUUUGCCCUUAAGGGGCUGGGGCAGGGGUACAGCAGCAAUGCACCAGGAUAUUCCUGGUUCAUUCAGACAUAAGAGGCAUUUCAGAAAGUGCUUUCUAAAAUUCAGAAAGAGAAAGACCUACUGGUCAAGUGAGAUGUUUCAAAAACACUGGUGUUUGUUAUCUUUUGUGGACACCGAGCAAAAAGCAAUGAGCCAUGUCUGUAUCACAUGAAUCAAAUGGUGUAUAUCUGCUUUAGAAUGCUAUAAGUAUCUCAAGAUUUAUUUUUAAAUGGAGUUGGAUUUGCUUGGGAAUUGUUUUGUCAUACUUCAGGUUUUCUACUUUUAGCCUUAAUGGGAAAUAGUACAGCCUUCAAGCACUUGGAAAAUGCUCUGCAGAUCUCUGUUUCUCAUGGAUGAGAACUGAGUUCACAUAAGUGAUUUUUCUACACAACCUGGGUGCUGGAAGGCAAAAGCUUUACAUGCUGAUGAAAAGGAAGUACAUAUCACCUUGCAGUAUGGAUUUAGCAGGAGGCUUUAAACUCCCUAUGUCGGAUACCAAAACUGAUGAAUGUUUUCUGACUUUAUACCAAAGUACUCCUUCUAAACCAAAUCUAGAAUCUUGCCCAGGGCAUAACAAGCUUUUGUAAUUAACAAAAUACAUUUUUGUAAUGGAUUACUGCACCCUGCAAAUUCAUUUAUGAUAAUUCCAGGUGCAUCCUAAAAAUUAGUCUCCAUCUUACACAGAUUUUUUUCAAUUGCCUAUAGCUGUUGAAAGCAUGAAUUAUUGCUCUUCUAAAGCACAUAACUGCUGUUUAUCAUUUUAAUAUAUACUAGCCAACAAAAACUGAAUGGGCUGAGAAAUCCCAUUUACUUAUCUAAAUGCUGUUUCUCCAAGUGGUCUCUUUGUUUUAUAGCUUCAGAUUAAAUCAAGGCAGUCUGAAACCAGAAUCUAAUUUGUUUUUUGGCUUGUAAAAGCUGGGGGAAGAAAUAUGCAAGAGUGCACUGAAUAAUUAAUAAAAUGCUAUUUGUUGUGGCACUGUGCAAUAGGAAUAGCACUUAGAAACCUCUUUUGAAAUCACUGCAUGCAGAAUCUGCAGACAGAGACCAAGCUACGAUACGUCCUUCUUCCCUUGACACAUGUUUACGUGUUUGUCUUCUGUUGGGUGCAAAUGAUCUGCAUUGCACUUCCCUUGCAAAUCACUAAAUGUACAAAAACACUGCAAAAGUAAAAAAUAAUGGAAAUUGUGCGCUUAAAAAAACAAUCCCCAAAUACAUAAUUUAACAUUAAAACUUCAGCAAUAACUCAAAUAGGCCCUCCAAAGAACUUUUUUGUUCCCAGAAUACAUAAUAAAUCCUUUAUAAGGGGCUUUGUUUUCAUGGAUUAAUUUUACAAAUAUGAUGCAGUAGGAGGAGACAGGCAUGGCUUACUCAAUGCAUAUGAGAGCUAUAGUAACUGAGCUGCUCCAAAGUGAUAGUUGUUCCUCCAGUCCCACUUAACCUGAAUUUGAAACAGGAUGAUGUGUAUUAUGAAAGUUUCACAAUCAUAACCUCAGGCCUAGCCUUAACUAUUUCCAUGAUGUUUUUUUAUUAUCUUCCCUUAGGUUUUCCUAAGCCCUCAGCAACUUCAUGUAGCUUUGAGGCUGGCCACACCUGUAGUGCAGGGCUAUACCAAAUGAUGUCCAGAGGCCCCUUGAGACCUAAAUUAGUCUCUAGCUGUAAGCACUGGGCACCUGUAAAUUCAACACUUUGGUACUUCGGGUACCUUAGCAAGCAAGUCAUCCAGCCCCUACCAGAGCUUCACAAGUUAUGUUUUUUAAUAGCAUCUUUGUGAUUCUCUUGUACAUUCUUUUCCACAGAGAUGCUGUUCCUCAUGCCAGGAAUAGCAUUGUCUAUGCACUUCCUUUUUCUUGGUUGCAGAAGCCAGUUUGGCAAGAGGUGAGAUCGAAUCAAUGAUGGAGAGAGCCAGCCUGCAGCCAUUGGCCACCACUAAUCACAGCAGAAGUCUGGCAGUGCUCUCUUAAAGGUGGAGACUGCACUGAUAUUAGAGGUGAAGAACAACAUGAGAAAGGGAAACUGUUGUUGGCUACAUGUCUGUGAGCCAAGUGGAGCUGUAACAGGUCUUCCAGACCAGUUAGAAUACGAUGAAAUCCAAAUAGAGCAGUCAAUGGGACUAUACCUUUUGCCAGCCAGCUCUCUACCUUCCUUGUCCCAGAAACAGCUUGUGAUCUUUCAAUGGCAACUGACUGGAUUUUAGAUGGGGAGGGGAUAGAGAUCACCCUGUGUAGACAGGGGGGCCACAUGGGGACUAGUUGCUUUAAUUUUUGAUGACUGUUGCAUGCUCUGGCUAAAGGCAUAGAGGCAUAGAUAUGGCAAAACAAAUUGCUGUAUCUUUCCAGGUGUCCUCAUGCCUCCAGCAAGCAAUUUUCAAAUGUGACUACUCUCGUAAUCCUUGCACAGCAUCCCUUGAAGAAAGAUUCUAUGGAGAAGCUCCCCAAAAGAAGCCAGCACCUUUGAUUCCUGACCACUGCAAAUCAUUCUUGGUCCACAAACUUUGAGGGUAACUAGAUUUUGGAGCAAUAUACAUGCCAGUCUUGAGAGCAUCUAUUCUGGCAAGGGUGCUGCCUUUGCAGUCAGGGCAGUAAUUCAAACGUGUAGGUAUAAAACUUCAGAUUUCUUCCCUCACAGCAGACAAGUGAAGCUGGGAGUCUUUAAAAAACUGAGGCAUGAUUCUCAAACAUGUGAGAUAGAUGUGAACCCUGAUAGUGCCUUCCACUGGGCUCUACUGGGCCAACAUUUGCAAAUAAGUAGUUAUAAAGGUAUGUGAAGUUCCAGUCCACUGGUCAGCAGGUCAAACCCUGAGAAGUUCCACCUUAGACCUUACAGAUAAAAUUGGUCAUGUCCUGCCAAGGAUCCUCUGUCCAUGCCAAAUCACCCUGCACCUCAUUUCUGCAGGUUAACACCCUGCCUCUCAGACUGCCUUUUAAAAGGCAUUUUUUAAAGGCAGUUUGUCUUCUUUCUUCUUAGCAGCCCAUAGGUAUCCAAAACACUUUGUGGUUUGUCUCCAGCAGGACAACAGCUAUAGCAUGUUCUUCACGUGAAAACUGAUGCUAACUUUUCUCUAGGAUCUCUGAAUGACCUUUAAUUUAGCCAUAUUUUUCAAAAUAAGUAGUUCAUGAAGAAAGAAGGAGGGUUUUUUUUCCCCUACAAAUAGUCUGGCACCCUCUCUCACUACUGUUGCAGAUAAUGUUGAAAAUAUCUCUUUGAUACAUGUGAUAUAGUGCUCAAGAAGCCCCUUAAGACAUUUGCCCUGCCAGAGUGUUGUUACCUCCAGAAUCUGACUUACAUUAAGGCUUUACCUUUAUCAAGUUAAACCUGAUGUAACUGGAGUGCAGUUAUCCCCUCUUUCCUUGUAUGGAAAUCUCUUAUAAACAGUUUUAAAGUAAAUUUUAAGACCAGAUGGUUACAACUAUUUCUUUUAGUCUGUAUUCUCCAAAAUGCAGAUCAAUAUAAGAGUGAAAUUUUUGACUGCUUCCUGAAGUUAGGCACUGUAGCCCAACAGAAAAAAAGAAACAGGUAAACAACUGAAACAAGUUUGUAUCUUGUUCACUAUUUGAGGAUCGCAUCUCUAAAAAAUGAUGUCAGCAGAUUCACAUCACAACCCUCAGCUGCACAGUUUGUCACAGGCAACAAGAUGAGGGAAUAUGGAUGAGGAUUAAUUUGUUCCAUGAUUCCGUCAAGCCUCUCCCCCAACAUUCUCAAUUAUGUAUUUAAAAAGCAAUGUAACGGAUAUGAAGAGAGAAAAUUACAAUGAAAUAACAAGUUGUUUGUUAAAGUUUACAGCAGAUGCAUCUCAGUAAUCUGGAAAUAACUUGCAAUAAAUAGCUCAAUUUUGGAAAA